AUGCCCCACACCCGCCGCAAAAAACCGUCCCCCUCGCAGAACAAGCGCCUCCAAGUCACAGACGACUCCGGCUGGACGCACGUCACAACGAACAAACACGCUCGCCGCAUCCGACAGCCGAGCGUAAACCCGAAUUCAGGCUCGAGCUCGACUGGGAACCGCAAUGGUCUAGAGAAAGAUGCCGCGAAAGAAGAAAUAGCCGAGGAACUUGUCCCCGCCGAAGCACCACAAAAGACCACACUGUCCGACCUCCAGCGGCAGCUUGGAUUGUAUAAACAGCGAUGGGAGGAGUCAGUGACCUGGGAUUGUGUUGUUGAGGGCCUCAGGCGCGGGGUGCCCUCCUUGCUGGCGGAGCGUGGAAGCAGCAGCAACAGCGACGGUGACGGCGAAAAAGAGGUCAAGGAUAAAGACGAAAAUCAGAGCAAGAAUGGCAUCUCGAUUAUCUGCAUCGGUCUGGGAAGUCCCAGUGGUUUUCUGCGCGGCGGUUGGGUCGAUCGUCGCGCCGUCUCAAUGUACCAGCUCGCUGCAUUGGCGAGUAUCCUGGAAUGGAUUGGAGAAAGCACCUCGAUGCAGAACCCCAACCCCGGAAUGAGAGCUUACGCGCAAGAUCCCGUCUUCAACACCCACGACGAAACUCUACUCAACGAGCUAAAGAUAACCGUCCUCACGCACCCCGGCGCCUUCCAGAAAGUGACGCCGAAAACCCUCCUUUUUUGUCCUGGGGCAGAACGGCGUCAUAUUGAGCUCCUUCUUGCGCACGAUCCGGCGAUUGUGGUCGGCGGGCCGCUAGAGGAUAUCGAGUCGGAUGUUGUGAGGCGGUUUGUGGAGAGGAGGGAGUCAGUCAGACUGAAGGAGUUUGCGGAGCUUGAGACGGCGUUCUGGGGGAUGAGGAUUUAUUUCCCGCGUUCUGGAGCCGAGAAGCAAGAUAAGGUUUCCAGUAGAAUUCAGGAGGGGGGAGCUGAGGGAUAG